AUGCCCGGAAGUGUGCGACAAGGGAAUCGGCGAAGAGACAAGGAUUCCUUCGAUUCCAGACCCCUCGAAAAAAAAACUCGUCAACCUGGCCGGCAACCCGAGAGAGAGAAGCAGCAAAUCGAGCGCAACGCAGCCGGCAAUAGACCGAAGCCUCAGCCAAAGGAUGAGCAAUCGGAGACAGGACCCAUCGACCUGUCUACCACUGUCCCGAUACCCCUGCAACAGCUCCUGCUAGAUGUCUUCAAAACGGCGCUCCUCCCCAAUGCCGUGGAAGUAAAUCCUUCUGGCAAGACCCAAGAAGGAGAGGGUGCUACGGAAGCCACACCGAGUCAGCUGGAUACGAAGACUUUGAUUCAAACGAUCAAGUCUCAUCUCUAUCAGCGGGAUUUUGAUUCUGCAUUCGCCGAGGCGGGCGAGGAACUGCUUCGCGCGUAUGCGCUUCGGUGGAGCGCAGCACGGUCGCUGGGGUAUGCGGGAAUAUUCAAGGCGGUUCUGGCGUGGAUGAAGACUGAGGUCGAUGCAAACUCCAGGGCGAGGAUUAAGUCUUCCUCCCCCUCACCCUCCGAUGCCCUUCGAUCAGCAGCCGGCUCUGCAACGAGGGUUGUCUGUCUCGGUGGAGGCGCAGGCGCAGAAAUUGUCGCAUUGGCGGCGGCGUGGAGGGAUCUACAGGACGGACUUGAUGCCGAGGGCAAGAACAGCAUGGCAGCACUUGAACAUGGAGUGAAGAAGACGUCAUUGGCAGAAAGUGAUGCCAAAAAGGACGAGGACGUUAUUGAGGACAACAAUUUUGGGCAAGAAAAGACCCAAAGCGUAACCGGGCAAUCAAGUACGAAAUUGUCAGUGGAAGCCGUCGAUAUCGCAGAUUGGACCGUCGUCAUGGAUCGCCUGUCCAAGACAAUCAUCUCCCCGGAUGUGCCGGCGCAAAAGACAUCCAAGUAUCAACCGCCUCUAUUGAGUACUGGAGUCUCAGCAGACACCGAAAUUGCAGUAUCUUUCCACCGGAGAGACGUUCUUGUUCUUCCUGAAUCAGAACUGAAGGAUCUUAUUCUGGGCACUGGAGAUCAGAACGCUGUACUCUCAUCGCCCACUUCUUGUUCUUCUUCUUCUUCCUCUCCUCCUCUCUCUACCUCCUCGCUCCUCGUCACCCUCAUGUUCACUCUCAACGAACUAUUCUCCACCAGCAUGCCUAAAACAACCGGUCUGCUCCUCAAGAUUACAGAGAUCCUUCCUGCUGGGGCUGUUCUCCUCGUCGUCGACAGUCCCGGUAGCUAUUCAACCUUGAAGCUGGGCAAGGCCAAAGAUGGCGAAGUGCAGGAGAGACAAUAUCCUAUGAAAUUCUUGCUCGAUCACACUUUGCUCUCUGUGGCCAAGGGCAAGUGGGAGCGGGUGUUAACCCAGGAUUCGCGAUGGUGGAGACGAAAUGCGGCAAGAUUGAGCUAUGAGGUUGGCGAGGGUGCUGGACUGGAGGAUAUGCGCUAUCAGAUUCAUGUGUACCGGAAAUUGUGA